CCGCGGAGCCGGCGCGCUCCCGCCUGCAGGGGGAGGGCGGACGGGGCGGCGGGACCGGCCAGGCCUCGGCGGGCGCUGUUUCUCUUUCACUUUCCUUCCUGUGAGGCCGGCGCGCUGGCGGGCGAGGAGCGGCGGCGGCGGCGGCGGCCGCGGGUAUGGGAAAGCAGAACCACCAAAAGGAGUGAUGACCAGCAAUCUCAUGAUAGAUCUGGAUGUUAGUUCUCAUGCCUCAGGAUAUCCAGUUGGGAACUCCAUACCAGCUCUUGGGAUCAGACUUUUAUCCACUUAAAAAACCCUUCAUUACCCGAACUACUGAAGCCAGCUCUAGCUAACUACGAAUGGCUACCCAAAGGAAACACUUGGUGAAAGAUUUCAAUCCGUACAUCACCUGCUACAUCUGUAAAGGGUAUCUGAUCAAGCCAACUACAGUGACGGAAUGCCUCCAUACCUUCUGUAAGACUUGUAUUGUUCAGCACUUUGAAGAUAGCAAUGAUUGUCCCAGGUGUGGCAACCAGGUUCAUGAGACAAAUCCAUUAGAAAUGUUGAGGUUGGAUAAUACAUUAGAGGAAAUCAUAUUUAAACUGGUCCCUGGACUACGAGAACAAGAACUUGAGCGUGAAUCUGAGUUUUGGAAGAAAAAUAAGCCUCAAGAAAAUGGACAAGAUGAUACUUCAAAAAUUGAAAAACCUAAAGUAGAUGAAGAAGGUGAUGAAAAUCAAGAUGAUAAAGAUUAUCACAGAAGUGACCCACAAAUUGCUAUAUGUCUGGAUUGUUUACGAAAUAACGGACAGUCAGGGGACAAUGUAGUAAAGGGUUUAAUGAAGAAAUUCAUUCGAUGUUCUACACGUGUAACCGUGGGAACUAUUAAAAAAUUUCUAAGUUUAAAACUAAAACUUCCAAGUUCAUAUGAGUUGGAUGUGCUGUGCAAUGGUGAAAUUAUGGGGAAGGAUCACACUAUGGAAUUCAUCUAUAUGACAAGAUGGCGACUAAGAGGCGAAAACCCUUUUCCAUCUCUACCUUCCAUUGCCAGCAAGAUGCCAGGAUGUCUGAAAGCUCGCAGUUUCGGUGUCUGAACUGCUCAGCUUCGCAAGUCUGCCCUCAGGAUGGCCCUUUGUAUCAGUCAUAUCCCAUGGUAUUGCAGUAUCGACCAAGAAUUGACUUCGGUUAGACCAAGGGUCCUGGACCCCACUGAGAUGAAUCCUGCACUAUUUGUUUACUCAUGGACAGAUUGCACAGCAAGAGGUGUGUGGACUAAAGGGACACAACCAGAUUUUCAGCAUGCAAAUAAGGCCAUUGUCUGUCUCUAAAUUGUCAGUUGCAUUUAUGUUGUUUCUAUUAAGAGCAAACCAAGUGCCAUUCUGCUACUGAACCACCUGUGUAAGUUAUUUGUGCUGUCUCACAGUGUACAGGUCACACUGAGGUCAGCUGGAUGUCAUCCCUGUUGCAGCUUUUGGAAUAUUUUGCUUGUUGUCCCAAGACUGUUCUAAUAUUCAAUUACACUAGUAAUAUGGUUCAGUCUUUGUGAUGUUACAGUUUUCACCUACUUUCUCUUUUAUUAAUUCUUGUUCAGAUAGAGUGUUGUACAAGAAACUGGUAAUUAUUAUAUCUGGAAAUGAUUUUAUAUGGCAAAUAUGUUUAGAAAAAUGGUUUUUGAACCACUUUCCUAUUCUCAGUAAGCUUUCUCUGUGCAACAUAGUUCAUCUUUUGGGAAGAAUUCCAAUUAUUCUUUAACAUUAGAGCACAUUGUAAUUGUAGACAUUUUAAGUCAUCUGUCAGUGUAGUCUACCAACUGCAUAAGGAGGGCCUGUUAGCCCUCCAGGUUGAAAAUGUGUGCGAUUCUGGGAGAACUGAAGCUGGAUUCACAACCAUUCAAAAUGUUGGCAGCUGAUCACAUUUACUUCUAACAAAAUGACUGUGUAAGUAAGGUUCCUCUUCUCUCAUAAUGCCUUACGACAAGCGGGUACUGCUGUGAACCGUCUUUGUGUAGCCCAUUUUAUGGAUGCAUCACUGUAUUGUUGCUCUCAUUUAAUGAGUACAUUGUUUCUCUUAAGUUGGCCUUAGGUGUGUGUUGCUGUGGCAUGCAGAGGGUUAUGAUGAUUUUAAAUAUUAGGAUCUUUAGAGCAGAUAACAUUAGCUAUUUUAUGGAUUUCAAAAGUCUCAAAAACAGUUGUAGAUUAAAACUGUUACCUAUCACAUUUCCAAACCAUUUGCAUAAAAUAGAAUAAAUGCAGUGUAGUAGAUAAAUAUGCUAACCACAAUUAGUGGUCUGAGGAUAUUUCACUUUAGAUCCUGUAGCAAUCAGGGGGGUGGGAUUACUGUUCAUACAUAAGUUUAUUAUGGUCAGAGCUAUGGGAAUGGCCUUGAUUUUGCAGUUUUGUUAAGUCUUCCAUUCAUUUUGAGAUUAGUCUGCAACUCAAAGAAAGUCUUGUUACCUUAAAUUAUAUGAAGAACUUCAUUUAAAUGUUUUAAAAUGUAUAUUUGUUUUCCAAAAAAUUUGUUGGAAAUUGUUUUAUUAAUUGCUUCAGAGCAAGUUAACCUCUGAAACUUAGGAAAAAACCUUGAAAGUUAGGAAAAAUAUUUAUUUUAGAAACCUGACAUGAGCACAAUCUGUGUGUUACACACACAGUUUUUAUACUGUAUACAUGGUAGAUGUGCUACAUUUUCCAGUAAAUUGUAUCACAAAUUAAUGCCUUCUGAAUAACAAAAUGCUUCUUAGAAAUAAAACAUUGUAGAACUCUAAGAAACACAUACAAAAUACAACUAAGUCUUGAUGCGUUUCACAAUAUAAAAGGCUGAAAUAGCGUAAUUCUUUUUUCAUGUAUCUUUGUUUCAAGUCAAAUAGCCUAUAUUAAAGCUUUCUGUUGUUUUUGUUCUGACUUGUGAAAAAAGGUUAUGGCAGUAAUUUCAUUUGUUAGAUUGUGUUUGUGCUUGGAAGAGCUCACAAGCAGAAUUUAAAAGGCAGAUUUUUUGUUAAAAAUCUAUAAAAAUGGUUGGAAUAGACCAUUACCAUUAUACUCAACCAAAAAACUGAAUUAAUUCUUUAGCAACAGAAAUUAUGCCCUAAAAUCUAACUUCCUGGCAUCCUAAAAAGUUUUAAAAUUUAUUAUAAAUUUGUUAAAUCUAGGUCAGUAAUUAAAAUAAUGUUUUACAUUUGGGAAUUUAUUUUAAUUGACUUAAUGCAAAAUGCAUUGAGAGUGCAUUUUAAAAACCACAAAUGAGACCUGGUUGUUUUGGGGGCACCAGCCAAAACCUACAACCUUAAGUGAGUUUUAUGGAUACAAUCUCUUUACAUUUGUCCUGUUGCUUCAUCAUAUGUAAUUUCACUAUUUUCCAAGGAAAUAUAUAGGAAGCAGUUAUGAAAUUUAGAAUAGUUUUUGUGUAUUUUUACUGAAAUGCAAUGGAAUAUGUGCCAAAACGUGUGGAAAAUUUAUAUAAAGAAGGACAUCAGUUGUCGUUGGGGCAGGGUACACAUUUUGUGAUGGUCUUGAGUAAUGCUGUAUUACUACAGAACCACAGACUUCUUCAGCCAAACUCUUUUGAUAUAUUCAACUAUGAUUUUCUAAGUAUGGGACUACUUUCAUAUCUAGUAAUACACUAAAUCCCAAAUAAUUAUUCCCUAAGUUAGGUUGUGAAAUUUGCAAGAAACCAGAAAUAAACAAUAUGCAGAUAACCUUUGUGGUUAGUUUUAUAAACUUAGGGUAGUAGUAAAACAAACUCUUUAUAUAAAUAACCUAUAGGAAUAAUCAUCUGAAUCUGCAAAACUGGGAAAAUAAAUAAAACUAACAUUUUCUUUGGUCUAUUGUUUCUUAAGCAAUAACCUGAAAGAACUUUACUUCCAUAAAAGGUUUUGUCAUCUGUUUUCUCUGCUUUAGAUAUCACAUUAGUAAAAAGGUCAAGGAACCUGGGAUUUGAAGGUCCAUAGUUUACACAUAUCACUCUGAGGUAAUCACAUCCAUUAAUAGAAAAAUCAGAAUAUGGCCUUUUCUCUAGAUUGACAAAAUACUUUCAGGAAAUACCCCAAAAAAAGAAACUAAAAGCUCAUUAGCUCAUUCAAUCUGGGGUACAGCUACCUCGGGUGAUGUCUUUUCACUACUUUUAGAAAGAUGUGUUAUUUCUUUAUUCAUUGAAAACCUGUCCCAUACUAAUUUGCCACAUUUUAUAAAUGUAAUGAGUUUGCUCAACUAUGUUAUAUACUCAAAUGUAAUCUAAAUUUAAAUGAUUCUUUAAGAGGAAAAAAGGUAUGUUAUAUAAUACUAUGAAUUGUUUAGCUUUAUUGAAAUAUUUAAGAGAAAGUGCCUCAUUGCUACUGUGCGUUUUAGAUUUACUGCAUACAGUUUGAGUUAUCUGUAUUUGUCUCUUAUUAUUUCAUAUCUAAAUAGUAAGUUAGAGUGAUCACUUUUUAAAAGAUUUUCAUAAGAAAAUACCUAUCACCAAAGACAUUUUACUGCUAAUGAACACCAUGUGGGAGAGACAGUUGUAACAGUUUGGAGUUUGGAAAUUUUUAGAUUGCAAUUUAAUUUUAUGAGGCAAUAAUAUUGAAUAAUUGCUAAAAUAUCACCAAAGAAAGACUUUAAAUUGAAAUUUCAUGGUGAGAUUAAUCAAAUGCAGGGUUUUUUUCUGAUAAUUAGCAGCGCACACUUUCUUUCAAAUAUGCUUGUUUUUCCCGGACCAUUUGACAGGUCGUAGGAAAUCCUCAAAGGUGAGAAAGAGAUAAACACAACAAAUAGCUUUCCUCUGGAUGAAAAGUGGGAGAAAGACAUACUUUGAAAGGAAAAUUGAAAUGGAGAUUUUAACUUCUAAUUUGAGAAGCUUUUUCUUCCAUGGAGGAAACAGAAACAAAAAAAUUACAUUUAUUUGGUUCCUGAGUUCUUAGUAAUAUGAUAAAUUUUAUUAAAGACUGACUUGGGUAAAGUGUUGACAUGCUUACUUGUAUAGAAAAUAGUAUUUUCUAUUGGACUCACAUACCUAAAUGCUUUUUCCAUAUUCAAAAGCAAAAUUUUCAUAAAGGCCUGUUUCACCUCCCUGUCCUGUUUCUCAGUGAUUGCUCUAUUGUUAUUAGAAUUCAGCCACACAGCCAAAUUAGCAAAAUGGGUCUCAGAUCUAGAUCAUACAUACACCAAAUUAAGCACUCUUCUUACACCAUUUUCCUUGGGAGCUCAGGCCGUGGGCCGCCUCAAAGGUAAAGCUCGCAUCCUGAAGUCUCUAUGAUAGGCUGUACAUAAGCCUUUGUUACAUACUGUGGUUUAUCAUAAGGAAUUUCCCACAGGCUAAGCUUGAUACUCAAGAUGUUGGUUGUAGGAGAAUUGCAAAAAUGAACGUGUUUGCCAUAACUUUAAAUACCUGGAUUAGAACCACAAAAAACGUGAAACGGUAUUAUAAAUGACACACACACACAGUAAGGAGCAUAGCAUGUCUGCCACAUCUGGCAUAUGACAGGUUGAAAAAUAUUAAAUAUACUAGAGACUCUGAAACCCUUGGAAAACACAAAAUAGCCAACCAAUGCUGGAUUGACUUGAUAGACCUAGUUCAGCCGUGUUUUGAUUGAAAAACAUGAGACUGAAAGUUCAUUAAAAUGUACUUAAAUAUGCAUUACAAGGUUUUCACCAUUUUUUUCCUACAAUGGCAUUUUCCCAAUAACUUAAAAGUGAUUCUCUUCCCAGUGUAAUGUAGUCACAUAUAGUGUGUUUACUUCUUAGUCUUUUACUUUGCUUUCAAACACUUAAAAUGCUUGAGCACUUCCUUUUCAGAAAGUUACGAAAUUAAACUUAAAAAUAAUUUAAUUUUAAAUGCUCAUUAAAAUGUGUCUGUGUACCUCUUAUGCCCCUUUCCUAGGAGCCAGCACUGAGACAUUGUUCAGCAAUGCUUUUUAAUGUUCUUUACCUUUAAACCUAGAAUCAAGUGCAACUGAUGUCUGUUAAAUGCUGGGUCUAGUUUUCUUCCAGAGCUUCGUGGAAUAAGAAACCAAUCUAGUACAAAUGAAGAUUAAAUGUUCCUGGGCAACAGUAGAGUUAGUAAACAGAUUAUUUAUCCACCGACGCACGGCAGUCCACUGGAGCGGGGGUUCGGCACAUUGAAAAUGUAAUGCGAUCAGCCUCUAUUGUCUGGGGUCAGUUUUCUUUUGCUGUGUUCCUUAGAAUGGGGUGGGGGCCUAAGUGUCCUUAUGAAGCUGUGGUCCACGACACGCGCCCGUGAGGGAGCCCGGGUCCUGCUGCGCCCUCACGUCGGGCAGCACCAGCGAGCACCAGUGUUGUAGAGUAGCCCUCACGUUAAACAAAACCAUCGUAGAGUACAGUGUACAGUUGUGUUGCUGAUUUUCCUUUGAAAUAUAAAAUAUUUUAAGCUUUUUUUUGUCAAAAGUGGUAACAUCUUAAUACAAAUAAAAAACCUUUUUGUGGUUGUAAGAUUUAGCUUAUGAAUCAUUCAAAUUGAAGUGAAAGAUUACCAGGUCAUUGUUAAUGACUUAGUCUAUUAAGAAUAUAUGUAUUUUUGUAAAGGAAACGCACUUGUAGAUAUUUAAUCAGUACAAGAUAUAUGUCUGUUUUGCAGAAAUAAAAUGCUGCUUAGAGAUUCUCUUUAAAUAUUUUUUAUUUUUGUGCUCAAAUGUAUUUUCUGUUGAUCUAUGGAAUGUUCUGUACAAAGCUGUAUGGUCGUACUGUUGGGCUAGAUACUUCUGUUUUUUAAAAUCUGGACUUAGCCAAGUAUACUUGACCAUGUUAAAAAUAGUAUCUUUGUUAUUAAAAUUUUGAUUGCAUAA